AUGGCGGCUUUGGAAGCGUACAAGCACUACAAGCACUACAAUGUGACGGCCGGCCCGGCCGAGCACGUCGCACAUGUCGAGAUCAACCGCCCGGCGAAGCUCAACGCCUUCUACGAGGACAUGUGGCUCGAGUUCAGAAACGUCUUUGACCAGCUGAGCCGCGACCCUGGGGUGCGCGCCGUGGUCCUCUCCGGCGCCGGCGACCGCGCCUUCACGGCCGGCCUGGACGUCCAGGCCGCCAGCCAGAACACCACCCUGCAGGGCGGCGAGGGCGCCGACAGCGCGCGCAAGGCCGCGGGCAUCCGGCGCCACAUUGGCGAGUUCCAGGACUGCAUCUCGGCGAUGGAGAAGUGCGAAAAGCGUUUACGGUAUACCAGCAUCUGGAACGCUGCAAACCUCCAGACUGCUGAUGUCAUGACGGCACUUACGAGUGGCAUCAAGAAGAAGACGCCCACGUUCGAGAAGCUGUAG